AGUGAGACGUCUUCUCUUGUCAACUGGUCAAGUUGCAGCGAAGGUUUUCAAAAUGGUUCGACGGGAGACUCUUCAUAUGAUCCUGACGCUCUGCCUCUGCUUGGUGAACAUCGAUGCAGCUCCAAUGGAUGUGCAACGCCGAGCAGACGGAUCCGUCUUGCUGGACGACAUGUUGUAUUCUGCGGAGCAAUGGGACAGUUUUCUUGAUAAAAACUUGCUAUCAAUGGAAAGUCUUUGGCCGAAAAAGGACGGAGUUGUGAAUAUUUUCUACAAAAUAUCGGAUCCGGGAGUAAACACGACUGCUCUAAACUUGGCUAUCACUGCCUGGGAGGCCAAGACGUGCAUCAAGUUCUCCAAGAUGACAGAAUCUGAUGAGCGCGCAGAGUACAUGGACUUCUUGCUCGAUAAAUCCUGUCACGCCGGCGUAGGUUACUUUGAGGGCCAACCUACAAAAGUCAGCCUCGCAAAUUGCCCAGAAAGAGGACCAACUCACGAGAUCGGCCACGCAUUGGGGAUGAAGCACGAACAGGCUCGCAGUGACAGGGACGACAACAUCAUUGUGUACAUGGCUAACAUUAAGCCUGGCAUGGAACACAAUUACGAUAAAGCCCCGACCAUCAACUUCGAAGUCCCUUACGACUACUACUCUCUCAUGCAGUACCGCGACCGGGUGAGUCAUACAAGCAUAAUUUUGAACCCAAAAGAAUCAGCGGGGGGCGAGGCACAUAGUAACUGA